CUAGCCUAAGGUUUCACCGCAAGGCCUCCAACUCCAGCCCAAUCAGGGUUCUAACCACACCCUGGGUACAGAUUCCCCCCACCCCGGGGCGGGAGCGAGGAGCACUUCCGCCAGCCACAAGUACCGCGCACGUGGCGGGCUGUGCGGGACCGGCGAGCGGCAGCCUGGCUGCGCAGCGCCAGCGCCUGCGGGGCCGGGAUGAUGAGCCUGACCUCGGCGCCCGAUUCCCGGCCGUUGCGCCGGGCCGUGACCCCCGCGGGCCGGCGGACGGAAUCUCCUGUAGUGGAGCUGAACGUUGGGGGUGAGUUCUAUACCACCACCUUGGGCACCCUGAGAAAACUCCCAGGCUCAAAGCUGGCAGAGAUGUUCUCCAGCUCCGCCAAGGCCUGCCUGGAUGCGGAGGGACGCUUCUUCAUCGAUCGCUGCGGCACCUAUUUUGGACCCAUCCUGGAAUAUCUGCGCAGUGGGCAGCUGCCCACACAGCACAUCCCCGAGGUGUACCGUGAGGCUCAGUUCUACGAAAUCAAGCCUUUAAUCAAACUCUUGGAGGACAUGCCACAGAUCUUUGGUGAGCAGGUAGCUCGGAAGCAGUUUUUGCUGCAGGUGCCAGGCUACAGUGAGAACCUGGAGCUUAUGGUGCGCCUGGCGCGUGCUGAGGCCGUGGCGGCGCGCUGCUCUAGAGUUCUGGUGUGCCUAGUACAAAACGAAAAGGAUGAUGCAAACUGCGCGGACGCCCUGCGCUCCCUGGAGGCGGACAAGAGGUCAGUGGUCAAAUUCGGGCCUUGGAAGGCAGCCCUGGAUAUCAGGGACCUCCUGGACUGCAUGAACAUGGACAUUAAGGCCCAAGGGUACCAGGUACACUAUUCACACAACAGUCCAUUACCGGCCAAGGUCUCCGACUACUUCUAUACCUUCAGCUUCAGCUGGUGGUGAUCCCCAGGGGUGGGGGCUGUUUGUUACGAGCUCUGGUGGGACUUACGAAAUUAAAGGUUGCCUUCCAAAGCCAUCUUCCUUUAAUUUUAAAAACAAACAGACAUCAAAAACUUCCAAGGUGGUCUACUUGUCUUGCCCCCAAAUAUGUGUUUCCCCUUUGAGGACUUUCCACUCAUUGCAACUGACUCCACUGUACUUGCCUAGAGAGGUGCAGCUGUUUCCUCUUUAAAGCCUCAUGUACCUGCCAGACCCUUCCCUUGAAGUCUAAUAGCAAGGCAGAGGUGAACUGGAAUGUUUCAACAAUGCUUUGGCUGGAGAUGCGGGAUGACAACAGGAAAAUAAUAGGAUGUCAUGAGUCUAGACAGACCUAAAAAUGUAAUCUACCCAGCCUCAGCUUGUGGUCCAAUCUUCUAGCCCUGGUAUGUGCCUUCAUGAGGAAGAUGCCAAGUUAGUAUACCUGGAGUAGACGGCGCUCAGAUCUCCUUUCCCGGAUGCUGUGGGUAUUGGCUGCUAAAGCGUCACAGCUGUCCUCUUACCUAGAGCAGUAGUUCUCAAAGUGUGGUCCCUAGACCGGCAGCAUCCCCAAUACCUGGGAACUUGUUAGAAAUACAAAUUCUCUAGUCCCUACCUCAGACCAACUGAAUCAGAAACAGGGAGUUGGCCCAGCAGUCUGUUUUAAGAAGUCCUCCAGGUAAUUCUGAUGCACUUUAAUUUUGAGAUCUGAUCAAGAACAGAAUUGCUAUCUCGCUUGUGUGGAGGUACAGCAGACUGAUCCCUCACCUCAAGGAGGUGCAGUUCCUAUUCUAGAGCUCCUCGUGGGAUCAGGCUGAAGUCAGUCUUCACUGAACACCACAUUCUUGCUUAGUGGUCUUCCUCUGCUUUACCCUGCUUCCCUCCCUCCCCCUCACCUGAGAACACAUCCUCAAUAAACCACUUAAACAAGAGACUCUCUCAGGUUCUGCUUCUCAACCAAACACAUUAAGUAACUCUAAAGAGGACACAUUCAUCCUUCUCCAAGUUCAGGUCUGGGAUAGAUGGCCCCCGUUCCCCACCUAGUAGGAUUACCAGCCAUCCUGGGUUCCCUGGGACUGAAGGUCAGAUUUAACUGUGAAGCUUUAAGGAAUUAACACUGAAUCAGAGAAUUUCAAAUUUAAACAUAAAAUCGCUCAGAACAUAGUUAUUUUCAGUGAGCGUUUUAAUUCAGUAACUGCAUCUGCUUGUAUAUUUUUUUUCUUAUUUUCAAAGCUUGUUCUAUAUUUUCUUUUUCUUUUUCUUUUUUUGGUAUUUAAUAUGGUUGACAAUUUAAAGUGGAAAAAUCCUGAAUAUCUAUUUGAACUUAACAUCAUGAGUCAUUCAACGUUACUCAUCAAGAGCCUGAAAAAAGUUCAUACCCUUUGAUCAGUAAUUACACUUUUGAGAUUUGAUUCCAAGGAGAUACCCUGCUCCAUAAGAUCUAAAUAGGAUUGCUUAAAAUCUCAGUUUCAUGAAUUAUGGAAAGAUCAAUGUCCUCCCCAAGAUUUCUGUACAUUCCCAGAGGGCUUGUCUUCUUAUGGUCAGCUCUGGUUCUCUGUUUCUGCUAGAUUCAUUCAGCAUAGGGAUCAACUAGAUGUCUUAAGCCUGUUGUGCUGUUCUACGCAAUGCUUACCCAGAGUUAACACUCAGAUCUUUUUCUUAUUUUUUACAAAUGCCACUCCCAUCAGCUAUUUGUGCACAUAGCAGACUGUGGCAAAUACAGGCAAGUAAGGGGAGUUUACCACACAGAAAUGCCAACAACUUCAAACUGAAUAUUGGGCAUAUUUCUUCUUAAGAGUACCUUAGUCACCCCCAUCACUAGGGGCUUUUCACUAGUAGAUUGUACUUGUGUCCUAUUCUUUCUUCCCUCUCUAUUCCUGCCAUGCUUCUCUGUAGGUGGGAGUAAUCUUCCCCACCCCACUGAGUUCGUGCUUGGCCUCAUGACUUAAUCUGGCCAGUGGUAUACGUGUGGAAGUGACAGUUGUGCCAGUUCCAAAAUGAGGCUUUCGAGGCAUGCCAAAUUUCCACCAGCCCCCUUGUGUUCUUGUCAUUUGCCAAAAGACCAUGUUCCAGUUUAGCUACCUCUUUUACUGCUCUGGCUCUAGCCUGCAUCCCUUUGGAUCUGACUCUCUUCCUUAGCAAUUUACCAAACUAUUUUAUUAAACGAAGGCAAUUCCAAUACCCCAGCCCCCCACUCCCAAUCCAUAAUACAAUUAAGAUAACAUACUAUUUUUAUCCUACUUAAUUUACAAUAGCAAAACAAUUGGAAAUAAGCCAACUUAGUUACAUCUAUAUAAUGCAAUGUUAUAUAGCAAAAUUGCAUUUAUAGAUGGCUUAAAAUUAUUGGGGAGGAGAUUAAUUUAAUUCAGUACAAUUUAAUUAAAUCUUUGCUCUAAAAAGGAUUUAAGGUGGUGGGGCUUACAGGGCUAUGAAAAAAAGAAAUAUCAUAAAAGAUAUAAAUUAGAAAUACAUAAAUUAAAUUGACACACUUGGUUGCCUUCCCAAUAAUACCAUCUCCUCCCUUCCUCUGAAAUAGCAAAAUAAGUAAAGCACAUUAGUAAUGUUCAAAAUACCAUCUCUGAACACCCCGAUUAAAAAAUGGGCAGAAGACCUGAAUAGACAUUUUUCCAAAGAAGAUGAACAGAUGGCCAACAGGCACAUGAAAAGAUACUCAACAUCACUAAUUAUUAGAGAAUUGCAAAUCAAAACCACAAUGAGAUAUCAUCUCACACCUGUCAGAAUGGCUGUCAUCAAAAAGGCCACAAAUAACAAGUGUUGGCAAGGAUGUGGAGAAAAGGGAACCCUCAUACACUGUUGGUGGGAAUGUAAAUUGGUACAGCCACUAUGGAAAACGAUACGGAGGUUCCUUAAAAAACUAAAAAUAGAACUAUCAUAUGACCCAGCAGUUCUACUCCUGGCUAUAUAUCUGACGAAAACAAAAGAUACAUACAUCCCAAUAUUCAUAGCAGCAUUACUUACAAUAGCCAAGAUAUAGAAGCAACCUACGUGUCCAACAGAUGAAUCGAUACAGAAGAUAUGUGUGUAUAUAUACUAUGGAAUACUACUUAGCCAUAAAAAACUGAAAUUCUGCCAUUUGCAACAAUGUGGAUGGACUUAGAGGGUGUUAUGCUUAGUGAAAUCAGUCAGACAGAGAAACACAAAUACUCUCUGUUAUCACUUAUACGUGGAAUCUAAAAACUAGCACAAACAAAUGUAUAUAACAAAGCAGAAACGGACUCACAGAUAUAAAGAACAAGCUAGUGAUUAUGAGUGGGGAGAAGAAGGGGGAGGGGCAAGAUAGAGGUAUGGGAAGGACUUCCCUGGUGGUCCAGUGGUUAAGACUCCUUGCUUCCACUGCAGGGGGUGUGGGUUUGGUCCCUGGUUGGGGGAACUAAGAUCCCUCAUGUUGUGCAGUGUGGCCAAAGGGUUAAAAAAAAAAAAAAGGGGGGGUAUAGGAUUAAGAGAUAAAAUCUACUAUGUAUAAAAUAAAUAAACAACAUGGAUAUAUUGUACAACACAGGGAAAUAUAGCCAUUAUUUUGUAAUAACUUUGAAUGGAGUAUAAUCUAUAAAAAUAUUGAAUCACUAUGCUGUACACCUGAAACUAAUAUAAAAUUGUAAAUCAACUAUACCUCAAUAAAA